AUGGUCAGCAGCUCUCCCAGGUCCUCGAAGGCCCACAAAGCCCCAUCUUCCACCCAUCCACCCCUACCCACCCCGCGCGCCCUCCCCGCCCCCGCAGUAGCCGGGCGCCCCCAGUGCGCGGUCUGCCCUGCCCACACCCACCUCCGCCUGUCCUCGCGGUGGGUCAGGCCUCGGGGGGCUGCUCGGUGCCCAGAGGGCGGCCCAUCGCCCGACUCUGUUGCGCUGCUCCUACCCCAUCCCGGCGCGGGCCCAGCGAGGCAGGCAGCGCGGGGCCGAGCUGCCAGGCAGAGGGCAGAGGCAGAGCGGGUGCCGGCCGCGGGUCUGCGGAGCCCCCAGAGCUCCGACUGGCAGCGUAGUCCGUCUGAGAGCAGGGGGCGUUGCCGGUGCGGCCUGGCGGCUCGCCCAGGUCCCGGGUGCGGGAGACAGUGCGGCUGCCUUCUCCAGCCCCUGCAGCGGGAUGUGACUGUUCCGGGCAGCCAGCCGCCGCCUUCUGCAGAGCUGGCCCCGCUCUCUCCGCCGCAGCCCGGCCGGGACGCGCGGCCCGCCCCGCCCCGCGGGGUUCUCGCCGCCGUCAUCCCCCGCCCCCCCUCGUGCUCUCGGGGCUCCUCCCACGACCCUCCUUAUGGCGGCCUCCCGGGCCCCCGCUCUGCUGCCUCCCGGAUCCCGCAGCUGUGCCGGCCGGGGCAGGGGGCUGGGCGCAGGCGCGAGGGUCUCGGGCAUCUGGGAACUCCCCUCCUCCUUCGGAGGGAAUUAACCAAGUUCCGAGGAGGAAUUCCACCUUCGAUCCAGUUCAAUGUGGCACACCUGGGGCUCAGAAGCUUCUGUUGCUUUCCUUUCUGAGAGGGAAAAAUGGGACCAAUGGGACACAGGAGGACUGUGUGUGUUGAACAUGUGAUCAAGCCAUGAACCAGGUCCUCUAACUUCUGCUCACCCAAGGACCCUGACCUCUGGCUUCCUGAGGCAUCCUGGUCCCAGGGUUUCUUGCUGCCCUGGGUGUUGUCUUGUGCUCCCAGGCUCCAGGUCCUCCAGAGAAGAGGACAUUGUGCCUGAAGGGCAGGAGUAAUGAACCUCAGGUCUUCCUCUUCAGAGGCU